GGGUCGGGCCGGGCCGGGCCGGGCUGAAUGGAGCGGCUCCGGGGCCCGGGUUCUCGCCGCUCCGUCACCCCGCGCCCAGGCCGAGCAAACCUUGGCCAGGCGCUGGCCUGGCAGGCUCCUGCCGCAGGGCCCAGGGCCGGUGGUUGCGAGCGCUGGCGGGGAGCAGCCCGGCCUGUCACGGCUCCAGGGCCCGGCCUGGGCGCCCGUCAUGCGAGCUGGGCUGCCGGGAGGGCGGCCUGUCCGCUCCGCCCGCUCCCGGGCUUGUGGCCCGGUCCCGCAGACACACACAGAAACUGGAAAUAAACCUGUAAGAGGCAAGCCUUCGUUGUGAUUGUGUGCACUGGAUAAUCUUGUGUCCAAGCUGGGGUGCAGCAGCAAUGGAUCGUCUUGGACAAGCAGUGGCGGGUCUGGAUGGCAGACAGAAGCUAUACCCAGUGGCAGAACGGUCAAGAACCAGAGGACAUAGAGGAUGACGACUGACAAAAGAAUCAAGAGUGGCAUGAGGAAAAAGAUGCUGAAGCAGCUAGUGCUGGGAGAGAGGAGUGGAACUGGCCUCAGCGAUUGGAGAGGCCAGUGUGUCUGUGUCUCAGCGCUGCAUGGCUGCGAUGGCGCCCGCUCUCACAGAAGCGGCAACCGAAGCUCACCGUAGGUUCAAACUGGCGACACCAUCCUCAUCCCUAUCACCCUCAGGCACAACUGACACCGACAAUAGCAAUUCCAUUAAUAACAGUGCCAAAAGGAAAGCUUUUGCAGAGGACCAUAGUCUGGAUUUCCGCAAUAACUCCAGGAAGGAAGAUCAGUGCAAGUUGCUGUCACCACGUUGCUGCUUUGAUGGAGGAUCUCGUCCACCACCACCAGAAUCAGUGAAACUUCAAGGAUCUUUAAGCAAGCACGGAAUUAUUAAGUCUCAUACCGUCCUGUCCCACUCUUUACUGGAAGCCAGUGUGCUUGGGUCAGAUUUGAUUGAUGGUCAGGUGGCUGUGGAAUUUUCUCCUAAACUUAUUAAAACAAUGAAUGCAGGUAACAGUUAUCCAUCACUGCCCCCUUCCCCAGAACCACCAGUUAAUGGCUUAGCCAAGAAAUCUGCUGGCAAUCCACAUUCAGAUUACGAUUUGAACGUUGCAAAGACUGGGCGAAAGACUGGAUCUAGUCAAGCUGAAGACUUCAAUAAAUUGGUAUCCAUUAUGUCCAGUAAAAUAACAAAAGAGGACGUGGCAGGGGAACCAAGAAAUUUCAAACAAUUGAGCACUGUUGAUGAGGAUUUACAAGCAUCAGAAUUUGCCAGGCACUUGGAGUUGGGGGAAAAGGGUAUUGAAAAUACUAAGGUUAUGUCCUCACCAGAGGUCUCUGAUGGAAUUUCUGGAAGUACUGAUAGUGCAAGGGAUCUUUCUGCCUCCGAGGUCAACACCUUGAAUAUUCUUGACACUGAGGUUCACAGUAGGACUUUGCUGGCUCAGACCAGACAAAGUGAAAUUAGACGAAGAGCCUACAGACUUAAGAAACGACUGGAAGUUGUUCAAGUAAAGCAGGUUGAGCGUCAUGUCCAGCAGCAACUGGGAGGAUUUGUGGAGAAAACUCUGCAUCAUCUUCCACCUUUGGAUUGCUUGAAGGGCCAGGAUGGGUCUCUACAAAAUGACUUAGUUUAUGGCUGUAAAUCCAGUUCCAUUUCAUGGAAAGGGGACAAGAGCGCUUCAGAAACAUUGGAAAAUUUCUUCAAGAGCAGUUCAGUGACUAAAGGGCUUGAAAAGUUUAUUUCGAGCUCUGACUCAAAGUUACGAUUCAGUGAGAAUGCUUUUGAUUCUGAUGUUACAGAGAGCAGCUCUGGCGGGGAGUCUGAUAUUGAAGAGGAAUCAAAAACCAAAGUGGAAACAAAGCAAUAUCUUGCACCUUCGCGGCAGUGCUCAGAAUGGCGGUGGGCAAUCGAACGGGCUGCUAUUGUGAGCCGCUGGAACUGGCUGCAAGCUCAUGUAUCAGAUUUAGAGUAUCGCAUCCGCCAACAGACAGACAUUUACAGGCAAAUCCGUGCCAAUAAGGGUUCAGUUGUGCUUGGAGAUGUUCCACCCUUAGAAGACUUGAGCCAGCUGCCUGUCUGCUCCCCAGAUAGAGCAGAAUGCCCAUCUCUAAUUGAACUGAAAGCUCAUGGUACUGGUGGCAAUGUUGAGAUGUCAGUCUAUGGACGUUCUUCAUUACCCAGAAUUGCGGGUAAACAGUUUCAACAUAACAAAAAAGGAAAAGGGCCAGAAGCAAAAGUCUGGGCACCCUGCAUGGUUAUUCCCCCUGUUCAUCCCAUAGAAAAUGUAACAUCUUCCACACCAGCCGAAUCUACACCAACAAAGGCCUGCUGCCACUCUAGACCUGUCAAUGGAGUAGUCAACAGCGUUCAUAGCUUGCUUCCUGACAGCAAUUCAGCUGACAGCUCAGAUGCUGAAGAGCGACUAAAUAAAAAGCAGAGGUUGAAUGCAUUGCCUGUAUCCCUCAAUACUACCUGCACCGCAGCGCGAGUUCGUCCACUACUAACUUGUAAAAAACGGAGGCUCAUCAGACCCAAUAAUAUUCAGCCACUCAACCAGAAGAACCAGUACCCUCUUACAGUGAAGUGUAACUGUAAUGUCACAACAUCGUGUAUUAUGUGUGGCUCCAAGAAUUCUGAGUCACAAGAAAAUCAGUACAACAUGCCCAUGUCAGAGCGGCUUGCAUUGUUAGAUGCUUGUCUACACCCAGUCUUGUCAUUCUGUGAUGAUAUCCCACUGAAUAUGCACUUGCAACCUGUUCUUAAAGGUUAUCCACAGAAUAAAUCACUGGAUAAGAGCAAAGCUUCCAAAAAGCUGUUGCUAAAACACAAAGGCUUAUCAGCAGUUUGUUUGUCAGAUCCAACCCGGAGAGCGCAGCAAAAACUGACCAACUCCAUACUCGCAUCAGCAAAGUAUGUCUACAAUAAGAAUCGCACAGAGAAGACACUUAAACAGCAUUUUGAUGAUUUGCUGUCAGUCUCCAAGUUCGAGAACGCUAACGUACAGGAGAGAUUCCUAAACAAAAGGAGACAGCGUGAACCUUCAUCAGAAGUAAUGGAAGCUCGACCAGCCCUUUCGGACAUGGGGAGCCCAUAUGGUUCUACAGAUAGCUGUCACACCUCAUCCCACGGCUCGCUGCUGCGGCAGUUAUCUUCAUCGGAGAGCUCUGCACCAAGCAUGACCAACACACACACUGUGGCCUCCACUUUGCAGGCAAUCCGAAAGCGAAGGGGAGAAAGUUCCUUUGACAUUAACAACAUUGUGAUCCCAAUGUCUGUUGCUGCAACAACUCGGGUGGAGAAGCUUCAGUAUAAGGAGAUCCUAACACCAAGCUGGCGUGUGAUGGAUUUAAAAGCUGAUUUAACAAAUAACAGGUUCAGUGAAGAGGAGCACGAAGAGAUGGAGGAUCUUUCUGAUGCAGCGUUUAGUUCUCGACACACAAAAUAUGAGGAGUUUGAGCGUUCCCGGUGGACAACGUGGUUAGCCUCCCCUGUCAGUGCCCAGAGGCGUGGAAGCAGAUCUUACAAAUCAACGGAUGAACAUUCGACCCCUCAGCCUGUUUCUCCUGAUGUCAAUUAUCACAGUCUGGGAGAUUUAACCCUUUCAGGCUCACCUUCCAGCCCUUCUGCACCACCAGUCAAUCCAGACACGAAUUAUUCCCCCCUUUCUCAAGAACAUGUUGCACGGAUUUCCAGUGAGGAUACACGCUGUUCCACCCCAGAUAUUGGCCAUGAAGAACAGACUAUUCAGCCCUGGGAGAAGCGAACAUUCCCACUGGCGUAUGACCCAGGGACAGAACGUGAGAGUCGAGCUGCAACUGGCCACAGGCAAACCAGAAACAGUCGGCGAUCAUCUGGAGGCAGUAACAGAGGAAGCAGGGAGUUAGAGAGUGGUGGACUAGCCACAGUUCAGCGCGAUGACAAGCAGAGACAUUCUGUAUCUCUGCGGCUCUCACACAGAUAAAAAAAAAAUUAGUGGCAGAUACACUUUUCUUGACGUUUGAUAUUCAAACAUCACCCAAACAAAAUUCACAGUUUUAGUGAAUUUAGAGUCCAUUUUAGACAACUUCCUUCUUAAAUUUUCUGUCACCAGCCUAAGUUAUUCCAACAGAGGUUAGUUUGAGUUAAAUUCUAGGGUAAAAGCUGGAUUGAUUGGUUCUUUGGCUGUUGGGCCAUAUUAAUAAACCAAAACAAAGUCUAAAAAAUCCACGUAGUUGCAGAUUGUUGAUCCUUCAAAUCAACAAUGGAAUAUACAUUCAGCAAUGUUCAAAAGCAGUCCAGUUUCAUAACCACUUUUAUUACUGUUUUGCUGUCUUGUUGGAGGCCAAGAUGAGUAAAUGUCUCACUUUUAUGAAAACCACAUUGUUUCCUAUUUUGAGCUUUGAAGUGUACAUCAACUCAGUGCACCUGGGCCAGCAGCUUCACCCACAGGUUCACUUGAAUCAAACCCCAUAAUGGUUGGGUUUUAAUUUGUUCUAGGCUAGGUGAGUUGGGAUAUAUUACAGUCAUGGGCACUGAUUCAGCUGACUGGGUUCAAGAGAGAGUUGACUGCUGCAUAGUUGUGGAUAUUUUGGAGAGUUGGGUAUAUCUGCACUCUGGCUGCUCCUUUGUGUUCCUGAAUCUUGUUUUCAAACUGCUAUUGAGUGUCAGCUGGAGGCCAAUGUUUGAGGGCUUGUCAUUUGGAAAGAGGAUCUUGGGACAUAGUCAAAUUCCAAUGAGUGAUUGUAUUGGGUCAGCAAACAAUGUACAGAUAACAUGUUGUUUGUAUCGUCUCAGUAAAAUGAGCUUCCUCUUUGAACAAUUCAGAACCUUGAGGUUGCUUAUGUCCCUUAAUGUCAAAGCAGGUGACAGUCCCUUUCAGGAACCAUGAAAGCAGUAAUAGAGAUGGAUGUUGUGUUUCCAGAUGGAUUGCCACAGAGUAUAAACAAGAAGGAAAAUCUUUGGGAGCACAUUGCAUUAUCUUAAUCUGCAUUAUUUGUGAAAAGUUGUCCUGGUGAUGGAUUCUUUGAAGUAAAGGUUUAAUGUUCUCAUUGUAUAGCCACAUUAUCCAUGAAUCCCCAGGCAGCUAUCUCACCACUUACCAGGAUCUGGAGUUACAGAGAGGUCUUACAGUACAAGGACACAAGCUCCAGCAGUUCCCAGUUAAAAAAAAAUCCAUUAAAAAAAAAUUGAAUGCACAUGUAAAACUUGGGCCAAUUUGAGAGGGAAUCCAAUGGUUCUCAAAGCCAUGAUGCUUCCCUGGAGUAAGGCUGUAAUGUAAACAUGGGAAAGUUAGGCCUGACAGCACCUGGAAAAAGCAGAUUAUUUGGAUGCAUUUCCAUCAUGUCCAACCAAACCCAUCUCUACUCCCCACCCCCACCCCCCCUUCACAUCUUUAUUAUGGAGUAUCUUACUUCAACCUUCUGCAUCUCUGUGGAGAACAUGAACACUGUUGGUGAGUUGAUCUCUGGUAACACACACAGUGGAGCUGACUAAUGUAAGCCAUGAGCAGGAGGAACAGAGGAGGUUGAGGCCUGCAGGAUUUCACACUCAGAUCCCUUUCAGAAUUACCGCACCUCCUUUUGUAAAGGUUGGAUCAGCUCUUCCCUAGGCGCUGUUUUACUGGAACCAUUUCCAUUUUCUUGCAAUGGUGACACACACAUAUUCAAAAGGCUGCUGGUAAUGUAAACCAAAGAUGGGAAGGAGGAACAGAUGUUUUCAUACAAAAUGUCCUCCACAGAUGGGCAUCUGCCUCCACCUGUGGUGGGACAAUGGGACAGUGCUGUGAUUUUUCCCUGGCAUUUGAUGCCACUCCUGUGGGCAUAGGUUUCCCCCAUCUGCUGUGUCUUAAAUGCUGUGCUGCAGGCACAAGGUUCUGCUAAUGGAUUGGCUCGUCCUCAUGCCCAUCCACAUCUAAAUGUGGCUGAAGUCUAUGCCAGGGUUUGAAAUUGGCAGGAAUUCUCUACUUAAUAACUCACCUGUAGUACAGGUGCCCAAGCGCUCCCUUGAGGCAGAGGUAGCACUGAGGUUGUGGGUGCCCUCUGAUUUGGAGAGUGAGUUGGUGUACCCUGAUCCCGUGACAAUUUGAGGAGGGAGAGGCUGACUGUGACUCCUGAUGAGAAGCGAACAACAAUCUGAAAGUAGUUUUGUCCAGCAGGUGGUUCCUAUUCAUCUUGGUUGUGGGAUGGUGAUUGAGUGGAGGGAAGGAAAGAACUCUAUCGAAUGGUGCUGGUGAUAGACAGUAGGGCAUCAAUGAGCUGUUUGUGUCUUGCACCAUCUGAAUCAGACACAGUCUCAUACUUUCUCCUUGUCAAUUGCCUUUACUCAUCACAGCCAUUCAAAUGUGUCUGACCACUUUUAAAUGUGCGUUUAAUCAAAGCUCUUUUGUUGAAACUGGGAAAGAUUAACGCAAGGUGGAGGAUUUUUGUUGGGCUAGUGAGGUUUCCAAAACUGCAGGAGUAAACAUCACAGAAACCUGAUAAGAUCUGUGGUUUGCCAAAGAAAAGACUUUAUAGAAAUGGGUCUUAUCAGGGCUGAGCAACAGAAUUCAUAAAACCCAGUUACUGUCUAGUUUUCUGGAAAGUGCUAACAUUUUGGUUUUAAAUAAUUUUGCAAGUGGGGCUGUGGUGCAUAAUACGUAGGUAUGUUUUUUUUAAUGCAUGUGAUCAAUUAACCGGGAUUCUUUACCUCUUUGGGAGUGAGGGGUAUGUAGAUUUGAACAGUGACUCUAAAUCAGUAUUAACCUAUAUUUAGGUUUCAACUAAUGUUCCUCUUUUCUCAGCGCUUAGCAUUCUGUGAAUGCGGAACAUAGGAAACAGCUUGGUAAAAAGCAUUGUAGAUUCUGUCAUUCACUCCAAACCAAAUUUAUCUUUUCAACUGACCAGAACUUCCCCCUGUUGAGGAACAGCACGAAAGUACAAGCCAUAUUCUUUUAGUGUUUGCUUCCAACCUGGAGCCUUGGAACUUGAAACAAGAUUUGUAACUGAAUCAGCAUAAUCAAUCAAUAAAUUAUCACAGUACACUUCAGACCACUUUACGUUCAUGGCAUGGAUGAAAUCUACAGCCUAGCUGUUGUCACCAAUUAAUUACACCUUCAAAUCAGCCUGACAAGUGUUGGAGCCAUCUUGGUUUACAUUAGGACAGGUCUGACUCAAUCCCAAUGUCCUGUGUCUGCCGCACCAGCUGUUGUCACCAGCUGAACCUCACUGUUUGUCCUAUCACUCCAGUGAGUUGGUUGAACAGAUAGUCCACGUUUUCUUAAAUGUUUGCGUUCUCUAGCUUUCUAGUAUUUGAGUUUUUUUGGCAAGAUCCACUGGCCACUUUCCCAGUGUUGCUUUUCAAUCAUGCGCUGAAGGUGCACAAUCCAGGUUUCCUCAAUAAUCUGCUUUCAGCUGUUGAAAGAGCAGUGGAUAGGUCAAUAACUUUGGCAGUUUUUUUUUACAUCUGUUCCUGAAAUAUUAAGAGUAAAUGUUAGCAGAGUUGAAAUAAGUUAGUUAUCAAAUGAAGAGGAAAUGCAUGAUGUGAGGGUCCAGGAAUGUUCAUUCCCAUCAGAAGUUGUUCUCAAGCUUACACAGUCAUAAGCACUAUUGCUGAUGGAUUGACUCUAUUGGUAGGUCAGCCUGUCCCGGUGCAGUUUGGUUGUCCACCUGCUCUGUCCUGGCGUAAGGUGUUACAGAAUCUGUUAGAGAAGCCUUGUGUUAGAUUUCCAUUUCAAAGAUAAAUGAUAUUUUGUGUUUGUGCUACAGAUACGAUGGGGCCAGUUCCACUCUCAGUCCCUGUGACCCAAUCAUUCUGAAAAUUGUUAAUUAUACCUGUUUCCAUGUGGUGUCAAAAGCUUUGUUAGCCUUGUGCCUGUCCUUGUGUAUUUCCACCUUGGGCAUUGGAAAGUGUAAAGACAAAAUCAGUUUUUUUUGAUCUUUUUAUAUUCAUUAAAUGAAAAUUGUAGCUGACUGCUUUGAUUGUAGUGUCCUUACCCUUGUAAAAAAAAGAAUUCUAUUUUGUACAUUUUCUUUUUGAAAGCUGUGUAUGAAGAUAUGGGCUGUCAUUGUCCUCAUUGUAUAGAAUGUUUUUCUUCAUUCAGGAAAGCAGUACUUUAUGAUUUAACCAACCCAAAUGUUAAGCACAACUCGUGCUUAUAAAAAUAAAAUUUUAAAAAUAG